AUGCCUGUUGAGCCACUGACAGCAACGCAAACAGUUGUAGCAGGAGCCGAUUUUGCAAUUAAACAAGGUACAGGCAUACUCAGCUAUCUGACACGUAAAUAUGGUUAUGUGAAACGUAUGCAGGAGAAUUAUGACAAACUUAUGAAGGAAUAUAGUAAACUAUGCGCUCAAGAGGAAGAUGUGAGGAACAAACUGGAAAGAAAUGAAACAGAAGUAGAGGAGACAAAUGAAUGCAAACACUGGCGGAACGAAGUGAAAAAAAUCAAAGAUGAUAUCAACGAAUUGAAGACAGAGUACCUAAAGGUUUCCAAAUGCUUUUGUGGACUAUGUCCAUUUUGUUAUCUCCUGAAUCUUGGUAGAAGAAUUGUAGAAAAGAUUGGGGACGUAGUUUCUUUGAGAGAAGAAAGGGGCAAGAUAAGUAUUUUAAUUAUUAAGAAGGCACCGGCUCCACAUAUAAGGAAUCCUACCAACAGAAGUAGCGAAUUUCAGUCGAUUGAUGGGGACUUAAGAAUGCUACGGGAGUAUCUGAGGAAUGAGAAUAUCAAAACAAUUGGCGUGAGGGGACCGAUAGGAGUUGGGAAAACUACAAUAAUGAACUGUCUGCAGCAAGAAAUGGAGAAAUGUAAUGACUUUGAGAUUGUUUUUUGGCUGAAGAAGUACAAGAGCUAUUUAUUGUUACUUGAUGAAGUUUUUUCCAACAUUGAUUUGGAAAAAGUAGGCAUUAAUGAUGAACAAAAUGGAAAGGUGGUCUUUGCAUCCAGGUAUAUAGAUGUUUGUGAGCAUGGGGACGAAGAGAUCGAAGUGAAGAGAUUGUCAAGCAUGGAUGCUCAAAAUAUGUUUUGGGAGAUAGUGGGUGUGCAUUUGAAGGAUAAUCCACACAUCAAGACGGAGGCAGAAUUGAUUAUCAAGUUCUGCAGUGGCAUGCCAUUCCUGAUAAAGAUGAUAGGAAACAACUUGGCAACUAAAAUCAGGUGUCAACCAACAAAUGCAGACAUUGUUGCAAUAUGGCGGAAUACAAAGCAUAAAUUAUAUUCACCAACUGGGAAACUGAAGCAAGAAUUGGGAGAAGUUUACAAAUUACUUCAAGUUGAAAUGGAAGAGCUAUCAGAAGAUGAGAAGCCUUGCUUUCUAUAUUUGGCAAAUUUUCCUGCUGGUCAUGAGCUUCAUAUGGAUUAUAUAAUCGAGUGUUGGAGAGUAGAACAGUUUUUAAAUGAAUUGCAAAAAGCUUGGGGAGGCACGAGAUGA